GCCGCGCCCUAUACACAGAAACCCCUCUCUCUCUCUCAUCUAAACUAGACCAAGCUCCUUCGUCUGAAACUCUUGUGAGUCGAGAAUGGAGCAUCACCGUUAUACAGAGAGAGAUUCUGCGAUGGACGUAGAUAAUCACCGAGAAGAAGAUCAAGAGAAGUCGGAGGAGGAGGAUCCAUUCCUCAAAUUCGUGGACUACGCCAGAUCCGAGCUACUGUCACUGGAAGAUGAUCCAACCGGAGACGGUUCUGGUGCCGGUGGAUAUGGUUGGAGCUGGAUCGUGUCUCGUAUUCUCAAAACUUGCGUUGCUUAUUCAAGCGGCGUCACUCCUGCGAUCUUGCUCUCUGAACUCUCUCAGGCAUGGAGUGAGCAACGCAGGGUUGGUGCUCCGAAGAAGAGGCUCGAAGUAAUUAACCAACUCAAGAAGGAUCAUCGGAGGACAAAGCUUCCAAACACUGUUACCAUUGAUUCUAUAUGCGAGAAAAAUUUCUUGUCAUUGAACAGUGUUCUGGAAACUAUUAUUAUUGAUGCAUUUGUACUCCCAGGCACAAACAUCUUCAUGCUUACAUUAGGGGAUUAUUGGAGUUCUAAUAUCAUAGAUCUCUAUCUACACCGCAGAUACUAUGACUUGGCAGGCAUGCAGAAUGGAGUUCUGAAGAGAGGGAGGGAGAUUUUCCUUACUGGUUGCUACCUCCGAACUGCCACUGAAGGUUCUGGUCAUCCACGUCUCUUGCCAACAGAGUAUCUUGUGAUUAUUUUGGAUGAGAGUCAGGAUGAUGAUGCAAUGCUGCUAGCCGCUCAGUUUUGUUCAGACUCCUUCUCUUCAAUUUCUCUUGAUGAAGUGAACAAGGGGGCUUCUUAUUCACUUUGUGCGAGGAUUGAAAGCAUUGAAUCUGCAGAAAUUCAAGGGAGUUUUGGGAACUUACAAAGAAAACAGAUUACUCUUGUUGAUGGUGAUGGUGUCACUUUAAAGUUUUUCUUGUGGGGUGAGCAGACUCUCCUUGCCAAUCUUUUCAGAGUGGGAUGCAUGCUUGCACUGGACAAACCAUACGUUACAAGUUCUGAAGAGUGUGGUAUUGAAACAAGUGAGAAAUUUUGUCUUGAAUAUGGAAGUGCAACACAGUUAUAUUUGGUGCCUUAUAUUCAACAUGAAGAACAGGUUUGCAUAACGUUGACACCGAAUCGCCAUCAAGGUUCAAGGCCCAUGAGUUCCUAUAGUCCCAGUCAGGGUCUCAGGUUUUCUCAAGUGAGCUUGCCCCGUGAUUCUCAAGGGGCCAUUGAUUUCAGUAAUUACCCUUUUCGGUCAUUUGUGGUCGACCUUCGCAACAAGAUGACUAGGAUCUGCCUCUAUGGUGUAGUUACAGAUAUUAUCAAAGAGGAUAAUAUCCAAGAAACUGUUUUUUAUUUAAGAAUCACGGAUACUAGCGGAGAAAUUUGGGCAAAGCUUCAUUUUGCCAGAUUUUGGUCGUUGGGAAGAGUGAGUCUUGGACACACUGUAUUCAUAUCUGGCUUGACAUGUACCAUGUCUAAGAAACAGAAGCGUUUGGAAGUAUCAUGGUUUGAGAAUAGUAUUGGGACUUCAUUCAUCAAUAUCAGCUGCUUACCAGCAUUGAUCAAUUCAUCUUGCCUUCACAAGCUAUCGCAACUCGCUGAUAUUUCUAACCAGGCUAGCUAUGCGCAGGUCUGUCGGGUCUGGCUUGAUCCGAUUGAGUAUUAUGAUGUUAAUACAAGAUUUGCACAUUCUCUCUGUGGCCACUUUGUCAACAUGAUUCCUGAUGGAACUGUGAAAUGCAACUUCUGUCAUAUAAUUUCUGAUGCAGAAGUAGUGCGGACUUUCCAUUUGAAAAUUACUCUUGCGGAUAAGAGUGCGAAAGUUUUAGCAUGGUGCACUGGUCAAACUGCUAUGGAUUUGUUGCAGAUAUCUCCUGAGGAGUUCAAUGACCUUCCGGAGGAAGAACAACUAAUGUAUCCUUCGUCGUUAGAAAAUGAGAGGUUUAUGGUUGCAUUGGUGAACUGUAAGCGAGAUGGCUUGGUGACAGAUGAGCUCUUGUUAGACGAUUCAACUUCCUGGGAAAUCACCCGUGCCUCCAAGUGUGAAUGAUUGAUUAAUUGUUGGAUGCACUUGGAAGGGUGUAGUUUAGAUGUAUAAUCAAAGGGUGGCACAAGGAUUGCUAUGAAGCUUAAAAUAGCAUAAAGUGGGAAGGUAUUUGAGUUGGUGACCUGUUAAGAGUCAUCUUCCAUUUUGGGACAGCCUGAGAGUAUAAUAGGAGGAAACACCAAAUGUGCUAUGUCCAAGGGAAAAGUAAUGGAUAGAUAAGCCAGUCAAUGAGUACUAAAUGGUUUCUUUAUGCUUCUCAUCCAUCAAAUAAAAGAAGAGCCGUGCUGAGGACACUCACUUGCAUGUAGAGUUGGAAAUUUCUUUCAAGGAAACUGAAUAUUUCUGUAGUUGAUUGACUGUCUCCAAAUUUUGAAUAUAACAUUGUAUCCAGCUAAAUGCUAAUUAUGUAAACAUGAAUGCCAAAUAAUAUUUGAGUACAAAGGUUUAGAUUA